UUUGGAAUCACGAAGUCACCUGAAAAUUUGGGAGUCUUCUUUACCUCGCCGACAAGCAAAAGUUACAUUCCCAUAUUACCUUUUUCCGCCCAUCUCCCGGCCGCGAGAAGAGAGAGAGAGAGAGAGAGAGAGAGAGAGGAUGUACGGAUACGCGGGUGUGAGCACGAAGGGUGGUGGUCUUGAGGUAGAUCUAGAGUCCGGGGAGACCCUGUACCCGGGUCUAAGCCACGGUGACAACCAGCUCCGAUGGGGCUUUAUCCGCAAGGUCUACGGGAUUCUCGCCGCCCAGUUCCUCCUCACCACCAUUGUCUCUUCCGUCACCGUUCUUUCCCCUUACGUCAACGAUCUGCUCAGGGGCAAUUCCGGGCUGUUGCUCUUCCUCAUGUUCCUCCCCUUCAUCUUGCUGUGGCCGCUGUAUAAGUAUCAACAAAAGCAUCCCUUGAACUUUAUCUUCCUUGGAUUGUUCACCUUGUCGUUGAGCCUCACAGUUGGAGUAAGCUGUGCUAACACUGAUGGAAGACUUGUGCUUGAAGCAUUAAUUUUAACCUCAGCUGUGGUUUCCUCCUUAACUGGUUACACCUUCUGGGCAUCUAAGAAGGGCAAAGACUUCAGCUAUCUUGGACCAAUCUUAUUCACCAGCCUCUUUGUCCUUAUCCUUACUGGGUUUAUCCAGAUGUUCUUCCCUCUUGGCUCAACAUCUGUUGCUAUUUAUGGUGCAAUUGGUGCUAUAAUUUUUUCGGGCUACAUUGUUUAUGACACCGACAACCUAAUCAAGCGCUACACUUAUGAUGAGUACAUCUGGGCCUCUGUUAAUCUUUAUCUUGACAUUCUAAACCUGUUCCUUUCCAUUUUGCGGAUGCUGAGACAGGGCGACAAUUAGUCAUCCUGGGUUUACAUUGCUGGCCUGGGGUUUAGCUGAUGAAUCAAAUGGUACUACACAUUAUCGUCUAAGACUCGAGACAUAGUUGUGGAUGACUUAUCUUUCCCUAUACUAUUUUACAAGUGUGCGGGCUGUAUAAAAUGCUUUUUUUUCAUUUCCUACAUGCAGAUUGCAGCCUUUCAUUUGCCUAAAUCAUGCGUGGUAAAUGUAUUAUUUUCUGUU